AUGCUUCCUCUUUUCGAUACGCCUCCUUCCCCGCAUAAACCCCAAAACCCAGAAUUAGAUCGGAAAAGUUCCUUCGGUUCACUUAAACCUUAUCUCCCUCGCACAUGGCUUAUCUUCUUUGUCCUCUUCCUCCAGAUCAUCCUUCUCUUAAUCGCUCGCAAUUACCACAUAUCCACGGCCGUUAUCAUCCCCCAACACCUUCCUGAAGUGGCCGCCAUCACCGCCGUGGACGGCGGCGAUACCGAAUGCCCGUACGGUAAGGUCUUCGUCUAUAACCUGCCGCAUUUUUUAAACACAGAAUUGUUAGAAAAUUGUCAUGAAUUGAAUCCCUGGGGUUCUCGUUGCGAUACGUACUCUAAUGAUGGUCUUGGACGCCCUGCAACAAAGCUAGCCGGAGUGAUACCGGAGAGUCUCACCGGAGCUUGGUAUUGGACGGAUCAAUUUGCAUCUGAGAUUAUUUAUCAUAAUCGGAUGUUGAACUACCGGUGUAGAACGCUAGACCCAGAAUCUGCUACGGCGUACUACAUUCCUUUGUACGCCGGCCUUGCCGUCGGAAAAUAUCUAUGGACGAAUAAUUACACGGCGGAGGAUCGUGACCUUCAUUGCCAUACGAUGCUGAAAUGGGUUCAUGAUCAACCCUAUUGGAAAAAAUCCAACGGUUGGGAUCACUUCAUUACGAUGGGUCGUAUCACAUGGGAUUUCCGCCGGUCUAAAGACGAUGACUGGGGUUCCCGAUGCAUCUAUUUACCUGGGAUGAGAAACAUCACGCGCCUCCUCAUCGAACGGAACUCGUGGGACUAUUUCGACGUCGGUGUUCCGUACCCCACCGGAUUCCACCCCACCUCGCCGUCAGAUGUCGAAACGUGGCAGGAGUUCGUCCGUACACGUACCCGUACCACCCUUUUCUGCUUUGCCGGCGCGACACGUGGCCUCAUCAAGAAUGAUUUCCGAGGACUCUUGCUAAACCAGUGUUACAACUCCUCGGGUUCUUGUCGGGUCGUGGAUUGUGGCGGGUCAAAAUGCUCCAACGGUACGUCGUUGAUACUUGAAUCUUUCCUCGGGUCGGACUUUUGUCUUCAACCCAGAGGCGACAGCUUCACCCGGCGGUCAAUUUUUGACUGCAUGAUCGCCGGUUCAAUCCCGGUUUUCUUCUGGAACAGAACCGCUUACUCACAAUACGAAUGGUUCUUGCCGGGUCAACCCGAGAGCUAUUCGGUUUAUAUCGAUAAGAAUGAUGUUUUAAAUGGGAAAUCCAUAAAAGGUGUUCUUGAGAGCUUUGGGCAAGAUGAAGUGAGGAGAAUGAGGGAAAAGAAUCAAAGAUCAAGAGAGAGAGGGAUUCAAAUGAAUUUGUUUUGGGAAUUGGGAUUAUCAUGA